AUGGGCAUCUGCGCAUCAUGCUUGGGCUUUGGGAGACGGGAUAGUCACGACUCUGAAUCGGCGCGUCUACUAGACGAUGAAAUCUAUCAGCCUGGAUAUAGCUACGGUACAGUUCAGGCACAGCGUCAUGGCCCUGACCCAGAAGAUCUGAAACGCGAACGGGAGGCCUUGGAUGCGAUCUGUCAGCGCAUCUCGGACUCUGUAAUCGAUAUAUGGACUGUACAAUCGCAACCGUUGAUGGCUUCCACCCGCAGCCCCAAUCCUAAUGCAACGGCAUCUUCCUCCCGCGUACCCAGUAACGAACGCAAUGCCGUCCAUAGCCCGAUAUCCCCCAAGCCCGAAUAUUCUUCGUCGCCCGUCACAUCGCCCAGCCGGCACAACCGCGAAGACCGGUCUCCAUCCCCAAUCCCCGGAGAAAUCGCUGGCAUGAAAUACGUCCCGUGUCGCGAUGCAGGGCAGAUCACGAAUUUAUCCACCAUUCCAAGGCACUGGGGAGAAGUCGUCGUGACGAAUCGGAGGGAACGCAAGAAAAGGCCGGGUAUAAUCGGGCCCAAUGACGAUGUAAACGGGCAAGAAGGUCUCUUUGGUGCACUGGUUGUGAAAUGA